ACUUUCGCUAGGUAUAAAUGCUGCGUGUUGACCGGUGUUUGGUGUUGUAUUGCUUUGGCUUGUGAUCCCAUACAAUGGCUCGUCUCGCGCUCUUUGCCCUCGUCGUGUGCGUCGUCGUCCUGCAGGCUAACGCCGGUGGAUGGCCAAGCACUUACUCUUACGGCUGGCCUUCGUACAGCUCUGGAUGGAGUCCGUCCUACUACUCCAGCGGAUGGUCCCCUAAGGUCUACUCGAGCGGAUGGUCUCCCAAGGUUUAUUCCAGCGGCUGGGCUCCUAAGGUCUACUCCAGCGGAUGGGCCCCCAAAACCUACGUCGUCAAGACCACCUACUACCCCUCUCCCCUGGAGAAGAUCAUCGGGCUCAAGAAGUCUCUGCUCCACGGUGGGUGGUAAAUUAUUGUAAUCAAAAGUGUGAUAUUUGAUACCUGUAUAGCAAAUUGUAUUAUUUUCUUUUGUUAAAUAUGUUUUGUAACCGGCGCAAUUCGAAAUAUUUUUGAAUAAAACCAAUUUUAUACAAACGAAAA